CAAAGAAUCUCCCCCACAUUUGCUCGUUGUAUUCGAAGCCAAGAGACAGGGAGAGAGAGCCUCCCAACCAUUUCUCUGCUCUCCUCAUAUCUCUUCUUUCUCUGCUGACUCUUCGGAGGAAUUCAAAUUUUUGCUUUCUUUUAAUACGUGAAAAGCUUGGAUCUUGGAUUUCUGUAGAGAUGUUUUCUUGAUGUGAAAUGUUCUGAUAGUCUUUAAUGGCUUCUUGGAGUCUGGAACAUUGAGCACAUUGGUUCAAUUCACAGUAAAAAUGAAAAAAUUACAGUUCAUGUUAGAUGGAUGACUGUCCAAUCCCGCCCCGAAAUUUCAGGCUUGGAAAGUGUUAAGAGACUUGUGAGAAAUGAACGGUUUCAGGCUCGGGUUAAUUGGGAAACUGUGAUAACGGUGGGAAGUUUGCUCUCGGCUAUUAUGUGGAAAUCCAUUUCGAGUGCUAUUGCGGGGUUUGGACAGAAGAAGGACUGUGGUGAGGCGAGGCGGGCUUGUGAUGAAUUCUCGGACGAUGAUGAUGAGAUAUGUUCUAAUGAUGAAGGCCUAGAAUGCCCGAUAUGUUGGGAAUCUUUUAACAUUGUCGAGAAUGUGCCCUAUGUGUUAUGGUGUGGCCACACCAUCUGCAAGAAUUGUCUCUUGGGGCUAAAGUGGGCUUCUUUGAAGAUCUCGACACAACAAAUUCAGGUCCCGUUGUUCGUCUCGUGCCCGUGGUGCAAUUUGCUGACAUUCCGGCUCGUUUACAAGGGAAAUCUCAGAAUCCCGAGCAAGAACUUCUUCCUGCUAUGGAUGGUGGAGAGCAGAAACGGGGAUCGAGUCAAGUCUCCUUUGUGCACCGACCACCAACACGCGUGGCCCCCGAGGUGCCCUUCGGCUGUCGAGAACAUCCCCGCCAAUGUGAACCACCGGAGGCCCCAUUUUUCCCUUCACAAAUCCCUCGAUUUCUUCCUCCGCUUUACGUCCAAGUUCCCACUCGUCAUCGUCCUCCUCCUCCUCGUCAUAUUCGCUAUCCCUUCCAGUGCCGCCAUCCUCGUCGUAUACUUGGUCAUCACGAUCGUCUUUGCGGUCCCGUCUUUUCUAGUACUGUACUUUGCAUAUCCCGCCUUGCAUUGGCUAGUGAAAGAGAUAACCGGUUGAAUGGUUUCAACAUAUCUCGUUCAGAUUUGUACUCUUUUUAGUCUUUCCUGGUGUACAGAGAUCAUAAACCGUAAUCUCAGCUCUCCUCGAUUAUCAAUUUCAUCUCAGUUUGUAUCAAGGAUGCUGUAAAUAUAUGUUUCUUGGAAUGAAGUCCAUGUUUAGUCUCUAUUUGGAGGCU